UUUUCGAUGUUUCGAAAAACACGUUGCUCCGUGAUCUGCGCACAUCAAACAAAACACGAGAUUUUCCACCCACCGAUCGAUCGAUUAGUGCACGUGUGUGUUUUCGUUUAGUGCCAACAGCUUUUUGUGUUUUGAAUAUUCCGCAUUAUUGAACGGGGGGAAAAGAAGCUAAAAUUGGAUUGCAAAGAACCCCAACCUGACCCUCACGAUGGACACUCCGAGUCCGAACUACUCCGGUGGAUCUUUCCUGCAGGAUUCGCUAGAGCAGCAGCCGUCCAAAUCGAUGGAAGAGCAUUCGCCGGAACCAGUGCAAGGAGCAGCCCAAACAGCACCGCAGAAUCCCCACGCCGGUUUCGAUCCCCAUGCUGGAACCAAUUGGCUCUAUCCGAUCGAUUUCACCAGCUCCGAGUAUUUGCCGCUGAUUGCCGAAAAGUGCUUGUAUCACAAUUCUCUGGUGAUCCUUCCGAACAAGACGGAGAAGACGUUCAUCACGGCGGUGACCAUGUACAACAUCUACCGUUGGUAUCCGCUGGGAAAGGUGCUUUACGUGGCGCCGAAACGGGGCCACAUUGACGACCAGAAGGUCGCUUGCGAGCAGUACAUGAAGUUCCUGCCGACGGAUGUGGUGGACAUGGCCAUGAAACCACACGAUCGCGUCCGGAUGUGGAUGGCCAAGCGGGUGUUCUUUAUCUCGACCACCAUGAUGGUCAUGGACAUCAAUCGGGCCUUGCAGGACAUUCCGGUGAUGGACAAGGUCAAGCUGAUCGUGAUCGACGAUCCCCAGCUGGAACCUCGUCAGAAUACCAAGAUUAUUCAGAAGCUACUGGAGCAUACGAAGAACUUCCGGGUGCUGUGCGUUUCCACGACUUCAGGGAAAACGGUCGAGGCGAACCUGCUCAAGUCUUGGCUCAUUUCCAACAUUGAACUGCAGUGGGGCAAUCCGCAUGAGGCGCCGGAAGAAUGGCUGAUGAACAAGAAAGAAAUCAGCAACAUCUGGACUCCGUUGGGACAAUCCCUAACAGCACUCCUGGAGGAGUUUAAACAAGUAAUCCAACCCUUCCUGCAGAAACUCCUCAACGCCAAACUGAUCACGAAAUGUGAAUUCGAGCGAAUCACCCAGGAAAACAUCCGCCUGGACAGGGCCCGGUACGAAGAGGCGCUGCUAACGGGAACCAUGCGCAAUGACCAUCACGACCUGAUGCUCAAUUUUCACAUGGCCGAGCGACUCCUGGAAGCGUACCGCAUUUUAGAACGGGAGGGCAUUGUAGCGCUUCUGGAGUACUUCCACCGCGCCAACGACGUCAUCGUGCAGGCCGAUCCCAGCGUGGUGGCCUUUCUGAACAAGCUGCGUGUGGGCGUGUACAAUACGCCGCAUCCCAAGUUCCGCACGUUGGAGAACUUUCUGAAGGAGUUCUAUCAGAGAAGAACUGAUGCCAACAUAUUGAUUGUGGUGGAGCGCAUCGAUGCAGGGGUGGUCAUUCAGCAGCUUCUGCGCCAAAUUCCGGAAUCGAUGCCCAAGUUGAUUGUUGAUGCAAAUUUUGCCCGGGAUGUACAGCAAUUUCGACAUGGUCAGUUCAACACUUUGAUUGUCACGGUCCAGGUCGAACCGAUUCUGGUAAUUGGAAAAAUCGAUCUGAUUGUCCUGUUCAACAUGACCAGCAAGCCCCGGGAGUUCCUAGCUCACAUUGCCCGAACCCGCGGUGCGGAACCCGGAGCGAUCGUGACCUUCACAACCGAAGGCGUCGAACAGCUGGAAAUAGCCGACAUAAUCAACACCCGCCGCUUGUUCUACUUCGAAAAUCGAAACAUCCUCCCGAUUGGAGUGGACCUGUCCAGCUCGAUGAUGCACAACUCCCCGGGGCUGAUUCCACCUGGCUUCCAACCGAAGGGUCGCAAGAUCUUUUUCAACAUUCCGACUGCGACGACGGCAGCAGUAGAAUCGCAGGACCAACCCGGAACCAGCAGCAGCGGCAACGGGUACAAACUGGAACCGAUCAGCCCGGCAUCGUCUCCGGUGGUCGGUGGCCAGAAGCGUAAGGUUGUGGAAGUGCUUGCCGACGUUCCGGCCACAUACGACGUCAUCAAUGGCCAGACCUAUUACGAGGUGAUCUCGUUGAAGCAACAGCAUCUCGAAGUUCCGCUCUCGCCGGGACCAGCCUUUAUGCCCACGUAGGUUGGGCAUGCGUUGAUUGAGUUUGAUAUUCCAUUAGUUGUAAGGAUCUGAGUUGAUCUCUAUAUUUUCAUCAUUUUGACUGUUACAACUGUAGGUUUAUAUUAUGAAACGCCGCGAAGGUGUUUUAAGUUAUAAAGACGAUCUGAUUCAAUACACUAUUUUUAAAAACUCCA